AAAUAUAAACAAGGAAGUAAAAGUUCAACUUAACAUGAAAGAAUAACUUUAAAGUGGGUUGACCAUGUGCAAUCUUUGAGUUUAGAUUGUAAUGUCAACAUGCCAUAUCCUGUUUGUCAUGACACGCUGAACUGAAUGAACCAAUCCCAUUUAAAAGGUGUAAUAGUAGAGUUACCGUCUGGUUUAUUAUUCGGAUAGCCUACACUACAGUACUGUAAAAAGGAUAUCUGAAGAUAUAACACGAGCAAUGUGUGACAGUGAGGAGAAUUACCAGGAUAUUCUACAGAAGAAUUUCUAUCUGUUUAGUCGGUACAUUGUAGCGGAGGACUUUCUCGAACAACUUAUUAGUGAAGAUGUUCUAACAGUUGAUGAUAAGGAAGUUAUAACAAACAAAUGCAUCCAUCAUAAUCGCAGAGAGAGGGCAAAUAAAUUGGUAGAGAUUUUGAUGACUAGAGGAGAAAAUGGUUACAAAAAAUUUCUGGAGAUCCUGGAGUAUCAGUAUCCCCAUGUCUAUCAGGAUGUUACAAAGAAAGAACCCAGAGACCCCCCACCAGGAUUUAUACGUAAUCGUAUAAGUGAUCGUCUGAGAAUUAUUCGUAACUUGCCAAAUCUUCUAGAACAAAUGAAAGUACAAGUAGAGGAGAAUUCUGAGCUGGAAUCUCAGCUGUGUGUGCUACAACAACUAUUAGAGGUGUCAAAGGAAGAAAAUGCCGCCCUUGAGAGAGAAUGUGAGAUGUUGAAAAAUAUCAGACAGGAGAACAAGCAACUUCUACAGAGAGUGAAAUGUUUAGAAACAGAUAACUAUGAACAUCAAGUUACUAUAAACACAUGGACAACAAAGUCCUAUCACCUGAUGGAGUCAUUGAACGAGAAUAAAGACAAGUGUUGUGAUCUACAGGUGAAAUAUGAUCAACUCUACAAGGAGUAUACAGAACUAAAACAGCAGAAAAAUCCCACAAACCCUGCACCAGACAAAGUGGAAAUCCCAUGGAAGGAAUGUUUAAAGACACCAAAUCCACGUGUUGACAAUGGUGACCAUUACAAGGCUAAAGUUGAGAUAUUAGAACAGGAGCUGGACAGCUAUAAGACUCACAGUGAGGAACUGUCAACAAGUCUUCAGAGAGCUAAUGACAUCAUACAAAGUCUGGAAGAGGAAAAUGAAAAGAUGAAUAAGGAUUUAAAAAGGUAUAGCAAGGAGAAGAGACUGUUGGACAAACAACUAACUGAUGCUGAUAUAAAACAUGAAUCUUACUUUAAAACUAUACAGAAGAAAAAUGAUGAAAUAAUCGAGUUACAACAGCGCAGUAUGGCAGAACAACAAAGAUUAACGGAGCUAAUUCGAGAGAAGGCGGAACUGUUUGAACAGAAUCACCAACUAGAGGUUAAUCUGCAGUCAUGUAGGGCAGAAAUUGACAAGAUCAAGGCAAGACUGUCUGGUAGCAGUAUUGAGAAUACAGGAAGCAGCCAGGAAAUUGGGAGCAGUGGAUCUGACACAGAGCUUCUUGAGGACAGAAAUAGAACAUAUAGAAGAAUAGAAGACUUGCUUGAUUUUGAUAUGGAAGUUCAAUAUAGAUCUGUACGUCAGAGGCGGAAAGUUGUGAAGAAAGGAUACACUGGUGAGAAGUAUGCUGAUAGGCUGGCAAGUCAGAGACGACACACCCCAGGGGCGGAUCUUCUUGGUGACUUUUUAAUGAAGAAAGAUGAUGACAUGAAUGACUUGAAUCAUAAAUCUUACACAUUACCUGCCAAGGCAAAUGAGACCCCGGAGAAAAUGUUUCAGCGAGAGGUUGCAAAUUUUAGGUUCUCUCAAAAAAAUAUAUCUACAUCAAUGAAUGUGAACACUGGAAGUUUUCGGGAUAGCACACCUGUGAUGUUGAAUGAAACACCUGAAUUUGAAUCCAUACAUAGAAGAGUGCCUGUGAGUCAUCAUUUAGCCAAGUAUGAGGAAGUAGUACCUGACACUGCCAGUGAGAGUACAGUGUAUAUACCACGUACAUCUGGAGGAAGUCAUGAUGAAAGUCGCAAACUAAGCACAAUACCAUCUGGUUCAUCAUUUGAAUCUUCAAAUACUUCAGGUAAAUCCUACAUUAGAGAGACAGGUGACAGUAUGAGGUCAGCAAAUAAAAGACAGGGUGCAGAAUGUGACAGCAUCAUUAGCCAAUCAGAUAGCUCCAGUGAUAAUAGUGUUAUAUCUGACUUCUCCAGUCAUGAAGUUUAUACAGCACUAUUACCAAAAGAUUGUCCAACUGAAAAUCGGACAGGAUUGCCAGACAAGAACAUGAGCAGACGUAUCAGGAUGAAAUACUCAAACCUGGACAGGCUAGUGUUCAAGGGAGGUAAUCACACUGGGAUAUUUAUAACUAAACAACACAAGCUGUUGGAGAUUAAUGAAGGGGAGCAAGUGAAAGGAAUUAUAUUCACACCAAAUGAAAGAGUUAACCCAGUUAUCACAAAUCUCAAAGGUUGUUGCUUAGAUGAUUUUCAUCGUCUGCUAGGCGGUGAAAUCAUAAAUAAGAAAAAAGAGAAGGAACUUUGUCUGGAGGUCAGAAAUAGCAAACAAGAGUACAUGUCUGCAUGCAGAUGGAUGGAGAAUAACAAUGGGCAUGGAGAUUACUUCUUUAUUAGGUACACAAUAUUUAACAUACUGUAGAACCUUGAUAGUAGGGCCUGUUUCUGUAUUAGGUACACAAUAU